ACAUCUUUUUAUUGUUUUUUUAUUCACCCCUUUUUUUAUUCUUAGAAAAAUUCAAUUGAAAAGUCCCAAAACUUAGUUUCUUUGAUUCAAAUUCUCGUGCUUUCUCUUAAAAAUUCAAACUUUUUUUUUUAAAAAAAUAUGUAUUGAGUAUUGACCAUUUCUUGUUUACUUUCACCAAAACUGUUUCCAUUUUGUCUUUGUUUUCUUGUUUUGAUGCUUUGGGAUUUGAAGAAACUAUUGUGCCACAUGCCCUCAAAACUUUGAAUCCAAUCAGCAAAUCCAGUUUCAUCCCCAAAAAAUCAGAGCUUUCUUCAACAAUGAUCCAUCUGCAAGGUAGGAGAAGCAAAUUCAAUGUUUCAAUGGCUGCAAAGGUUUGAUCUUUGUCCAAUUUUGCUUAAUUUCUUUCAAUUGCUUCAUUUUCUAUGCUUGUUUGAUGCCAAAAUCUUGCUUUUUUUUUGUUCAUCUUUUCCUGUUAAUUUGGAUUCCCAAAAGCUAGUUGUUAUCCAGCAUUUGAAUUCAAGCUCCCAUUUCAAGUUUUGAUCUUGAGAGAAUGUUUGGAGCUCAAACUCAUAGUGAACCCUCCAAUUGGAGGAGAAACACCAGCUCAAACCCUAAAACAAGCACAGCCACAAUUAAAACCAUUGCAAAGAAGACAAAUAACCUUUCUGUGAAAUUCCAAGACCUUUAUAGCUUCCCUGUUGAAGGGAACAUUGAUGAUGUGAAUGUGCUUAAUGAGGUGAGGGAGAGGGUGAGACAACAAGGCAAGGAAUGGUGGGCACUUGAAGCUAGUAAGGGUGCCAAUUGGUAUUUACAACCGCAGCUUUCGUUGAGUGGUGAGGGGCUUACCGUCCCCUCGAAGAUCUCGGCGAUUGCCAGCACAAUUACAAGUGCAAUGACACUGAAGAAACUCAUUCGGAAAGGGAUACCUCCAGUAUUGCGGCCGAAGGUUUGGCUUUCGGUGUCUGGUGCGACGAAGAAGAGAUCGACUGUGCCUUUGAGUUACUAUAAUGAUUUGCUUGUUGCAAUUGAGGGCAAAGUUACACCUGCCACAAUGCAGAUUGAUCAUGACCUUCCUCGAACAUUCCCCUGCCAUCCUUGGUUAGAUACUCCUGAAGGCAAGGCAGCUCUUCGGCGUGUACUUGUUGCCUAUUCAUUCCGUGAUUCUGAUGUUGGCUAUUGUCAGGGUUUAAAUUACAUUGCUGCUUUGCUAUUGCUAGUAAUGAAAACUGAGGAAGAUGCAUUCUGGAUGCUUGCAGUCCUCUUGGAGAAUGUCUUGGUAAACGAUUGCUACACUGACAACCUUUCCGGAUGCCAUGUUGAACAAAGAGUAUUCCGAGAUUUGCUUGCUAAAAAAUGUCCAAGGAUUUCUGCUCAUUUAGAAGCAAUGGAAUUCGAUGUGUCCCUCGUCGCCACUGAGUGGUUUCUCUGCCUCUUUUCUAAGAGCUUACCUUCAGAGACUACUCUGCGGGUUUGGGACGUUCUCUUCAACGAGGGAGCAAAGGUCUUGUUUCAUGUAGCUCUCGCAAUUUUCAAGAUGAAAGAAGAAGAGUUGCUAAGAACUCAUCAAAUCGGCGAUGUAAUUGCUAUCAUUCAAUCAACCACUCACCAUCUCUUCGACCCUGAUGAACUAUUAACAGUUGCAUUUGAUAAGAUUGGUUCGAUGACAGCGAACACAAUAACGAAGCAAAGGAAGAAGCAGGAACCAGCAGUAAUGGCCGAGCUCGAUCUAAGGCUUCGCCGGCUCAAUUCUUUGAAGAUCGAUGAAAAAUAGCGAAAAAAAUGAUUAAACUGACAGAAGCUCUUUUUUCUUUGUAUGCAUUCUGCAUUCUAACUUGGGUUUUGGAGGGUACAAACCCAUUAUUUUGGUCAUUUUCUUUUCUUUUUUUCAAUGUAUGAAUGAUUUUUACUGGAAUGAGCAAUCAAAAGUUCACACUUAUGAUUCAAUUUAA